AUGAGGAGUCAGCCGUCCUCCCAACAUCCGUGUCUCUCUGCAAUGCUGGAACUGGUGCAUUGGCAGGAUCCAAAGAUGUCAGUGCUAGCGUUUGCGGUCUCCAUGCUGGUGCUGAUGUCUCUAGCUGCCUUCAGUGUCAUCAGCACCAUAUCUUACCUAAUCCUGGCCCUGCUCUGUGUGACCAUCACAUUCAGAGUCUACAAGUCAGCACUGCAGGCCAUGCAGAAGUCUGAUGAAGGACAACAUUUCAAAGUUCUAAUGGAAAGAGAUAUCAGUGUUUCUCCAGACACGGCCCGCCGGUACAUGGACAUGUGUUUGGAGAAAUUAAACACGGCUCUCAGAAAGACGAGAAGACUUGUGCUUGUAGAGGAUUUGGUGGAUUCACUGAAGGUAUAUCCAUUUAUCUACAACAAUUUACAACUAUAUUUGUGUCUACUGACACAAAUCUAA